AUGUACUUGGCUGGUCAACCCCUCUUACCUACCCCAGCAGGACCUUGCAUAUCUUCUUUCCCUCUUCAUAUACAGGGAAGUAUGAAUCCUUUCGCUUAUGGUUUCCCACCUUUGUUUGGUCCAGGACUAGGGUUAGGUAUGGGAUUAGGAUUGGGAAUGGGAAUGGGAUGGGGAGGUCUAGGAAUGGGAAUGGGGAUGGGAAUGGGUGAUUGGAGGAAUCCAUACGGAUAUAUGAUGGGACAAUAUUGUUCAACUAUAAACCUUCUCACGAAUCUCUGGAUGGUAGUGUAUAAGCUUCGGGCUCGGACGAUGUGGAAAAAUUCUGGGCGAUCAAGGAGAAUGAGGGGUGAAAUCAUCAAAGGAUCGAAUAUCUGUCCACACUGUUCACGUCAAGAUGACAAGGGUAAAAAACGACAAAACAAAUCAUCUAGAAAGUCGCACGGUCCAUCGUCACAUUCACAUCAACCUCCUCUUCCUCAAAACCCACCUGGUCGAAUUAUGACAACCCCACAUCCUCACCCUGUAGCGGAUGUUCCUCAACAUCUCCAGCCUCUUCCUUCAUAUCCCGGUCCUUAUGAAACCCAACAUCUUCGUUCUUUUCCUUCUUACCAACCCGCACCCCCGAUCCCAAGCUUCCCCAUGUUCAAUGGACCGACUAUGUUCCCCUCAAUCACUCCUGGUCCCAUCCAACCUCAUAUGGCAGGAACGUACCCUCACUAUGCCGCACCUGCCAUGCCACUCCAUAACUUCGGUAUGGGUCCUGAACCUUUAUUCGGAUGGGAAAGUGUUAUCCCUCUAUCUCACGGAUAUGGGAUGCCAAAAUAUGGAAAGAUCGUGAAACCUGAUUAUAGAAGGUUUUGUUAUAGUGUUGGGAAAGCGGACGUACCGUUAGCUAGAAGAUUCGCGGGUCCAUUGGGACAUUUGUUGGUUCCUGCUGUGACUGGAUGGAAUGGGUAG